ACACCGCCAGCACACCUACCCGCGAGGGGCCCAAACCACGUUUAACGUAAGAAACACGACGAAAUCUCCCAAAACGAUUUCGCGUGAAUUCAUUCCCUUCCUCCUCCCCCGAAUCCCCGAAUCCAAACUCCACCGAUUCCCUCGCCAUUACCGGACCUGGAGGAAUCCCCGGGGGUUCCCUCCAGCCCCUCCCCAGAUCUCCCCGUCCCUCCCGAGCGCCCCGCGGCCCGCUCGACGGCGCUUGCUGGCACGGAGGUCCUCGAGCCCGCCGUUCGAGGGCCGGGGCCUGGGGUUCCCGCGUGGAGCGCGAGCGCGAGACGGCUCGAUUCGGGUCGGCCGCGCUGGGCCUAGGGUUUGGUUGAGUUGAUGCCUCCCCGCCUCGCGUGACAGCUGCACGGGAGAUCUCCGCAUGGAUCAGAAGGGCCGCGGCCGCGGCCGUGGCGGCGGAGGGGGAGGCCGCGGGGGCGGGGGCGGGGACAAUAGCCGCACCGAUCUCCUCGCCGCCGGGCGCAAGAAGCUGCAGCAGUUCAGGAAGAAGAAGGAGAAGAAGGGUCCCGGGAAGAAGGCAGAAGCCGACGCGGACGAGGGGGCGUCGAAAGCGGGUGCCAAUGGGGAGGAGGCCCCGCCGGAGCCGAAGUCCCCCGUUGGGUUGAAGUUCCUUGCCGGGGAGAGUGGCAGCAGCCAUAGCACGCCAUUUGAGGACGCAACGAUGUCGCAGGAGGAGCAAUGCAACGGCCAGGGGCUUGCCACUGAGGAACCAAGCAUUGUGGAGAAUGCAGAUGUUGUGCCUGUACUGGAGGACGCCGAUGACCGUAGUGUGCAGAAUAUCAGUAUCAUUGAGCAGGGGAAUUUGGAUCAUGGAAGUCCUGGGCCAGGAGAUGGUGAAGAUUCAGCAGUUCAGGCUACCAAUUCAGAUGUUGGUGGUGAUCUUAUAGGAGUUCAGCCUGGGGAGGUGGAUGGCGAGAAAUUGCCCAUUUCGGAGGAGAGCAUUAUGCCUCAGGAUUCUUCUCAGCGUGACAUAGCCGAUGACGGUACCAACCAAGUAGGGGUACACCAGGAGGUGCAGAUGGAUUCUGUUGAGAGGACAAGUAGUUCUGAUUCCAAAGAAACCAUGGAGGUGCCAAUUCCUUCUCUAGACCUCAGGGCUGAUAAUGCUAAUAUGGGUGAAGAAGGAACUCGGGAAAUGGAGGUGGGCGUUUCGGGGAGGUCAUCAGAUGGCAAUAUACAAGAUGUUGAACCCACAGUUUCUGGUGAAACAGGCCUGGAGGUUGGGUAUGAAGCAGCAAUGGAUCUUGCAGCUUCACAAGAAAUUCCUGGACGAGGAGAUACCAAUGACGAAGCUAAUGGAGUGGCCAAAGAAGCUGUUCAAGAAGAUGCAGAUACGCAUGGAUUGGAUUUAUCUGUUGAAAAAGUUGAUUCAGCUUUAUGUGGUGAUGCUGUAUCUCAAGGCUUCAUGCCAUAUCGCCUUGAUGAAUAUAUUCAGAGGCAUCUGUACGUGACAACUCUGUCGAGGGAUUUGCUCCAGUUGCAGCUAGAUGAAGGCACAGACCUGAAUUCAGAUGUUACACUGUCUUCUGAUGAAAUUCUCAAACUCCAGGUACAGCUGAAAGAAUCUGAAGAGAGCAAAGUAGCAGCCCAUGAAGAGAUUCAACAAUGUAGACAUGAGCUCACGAACCUGAAUACUGUUAAGGGAGAACUUGAAUUAAUCGUGGCUUCUCAGAAACAGGAAAUUGACGCUAGCAACAGCAAAUGUGAACAGCUGGAGAUCGAGUUGCAGUCCUCCAAGGAGAACGCACAACAAAUUUUGAGUGAAUUAGCUGACUGCCAAUCACUGCUGGAAGCUCUACAAAAGGAGAACAUAGAGCUAACAGAAAACCUUGCUCUUGAGGAAAAAACCAGAAAACAGGUCGAGGCGCAGCAAGAACAUCUGUCUGGUGAAAACGAGAAGCUUCUGUCACAGCUAUCUGACCUUGAACUUAGCUUAGCUUCUGUGAAAGAGGUAAUGAAUGCUGGCAGUAGCAGGUGCGGAAGUUUGGAGGCUGAGCUGUGUUCCUUCAGGGAGAACAUGGAACACACAUGGACUGAAUUAACAGAUUGCAGGGCUUUAUUGGAAACGUCGCAAAAAGAUAAUGUUGAGUUAUCUGCAAAGUUUGCCAUUGAAUCGGAAGCAAAUAAGAAACUGAAGGAGGAUAAUGUGUUCCUACAUCUUGAGAACGAGAGGCUUUCGUCAGAUCUGUCUGAACUAAAUGACAAAUUGCAUCUUUCAUAUGCGAGACAUAAGCAGCUUGAGUUGCAUGUCAGAGAUAUGGAGACACACAUGGAACAACUUAAAGACCAACUAAUCGAGGAAAGCCUGUGUGCAACUAACAGUUCCAAUAUUUACCAAUCUGUAAUUAAAGAGCUGGAUGCUAAGUGCAAUGUGGUGCUAGACCAAGCUGAGACAGUCAUGUGUCAAAGUCAUGAACAUCGCCAGGCCUCAUCGGAAAUCACUGUUGAAAAUGCUGAAAGAACAAUUACAAGUCCUGAGUUUGUUUGUGAGGGUAACAAUCAGCAUUCUCAUCCUCUACUCGACGAGAAAGAUUCAAGUAACUGUACUGCUUUGCAGUCACUGAAGGGACACCUAGAGGUUGCUAAAGGUGAAUUGCAUGAACUUCAAAAAUUAGUGGAGCGGAUGUCCUCUAGGUCCGAUGGACGUGUUCUCGUGUCAAAACUCAUCCAAUCCUUUGAGGUCAAAGGAAACCAGGAAGAAACUGGAAUGUCUGAAGGGGAACAUGAUGAAUUAAAAAAGGUAACACAGGGGAUGUUAUGCUGCCUCGUUGAAAAGUUCAAGUCGAUGACUUCAGAUCUUGCAAAGGCUGAAAAGUAUGUUGUUGGACUGUGUGACAGAAUAGAGCUUUCAAGUAAGUCUGAAGUGCAGCAUGAAGCAGAAAGACAGCGCACUGCAGUUUUUGAGGCCAAAAUGGAUGGGCUCUCUGAGAAGCUAAGCAACUACAAGAACACAAUUGAUCAACUGCACAUUCAGCUUGCUAACGUACAACAAGAUGCCGAUGUUUAUGCUGGGAAGCUCACUAAUCAGGCAGAACUUUUGCAUAACGAUAUAACAGAAAGGAUUUCAAUUCUUGAGAAGGAAAGGGCAUCUCUAUCAGGUUUGCUCAGUGAAGUUACCAACAAGCUCAGCUCUUUGGUAGGUACUAUGUUCCCUAAUGAUAUGGGUGCAAGCGAAGGUCUCAGCUCUAGUAUUUUGGACUCUGUGGAUCUCGCUGCUAAAUCAAUCCAAAGUCUUCAGGACAAAUUAGAGUCUGCUCAAAGCGAUAAUGCUAAGCUCAGUACUUCUCUUUCGGAGAUCAAGAAAGCACAUUCUGAUGUUCAAGAUAGGAAUGAACAUGCAUCUAGAAUGGUUAAGAACAUGUAUGGUUCCUUACAGGAGUUUUUACUCAACUCGCUUGGAAAUUCAGAUGAAGCAAGUGCAGGAGAUAGUGCCGAGGAGCCAAUUGAAGCUCUGUUUAGUCAUCUUGGAGGAGCCAUUGAGCAUUUGAAGAAUCUAUUGCAUGACCGUCAUUCUUUGCAAUCAACCAAUGCUAACCUGGAGGCAAGAUUGUUGAGCAAAUGUGAAGAAGUUGAAGAGAUCAGCUUGAGAUGCAGUUCUAUAACGAAAAAUAUGAAUGACAUGUGCUUGCUGAAUGAGGAGCUUAAAUUAGUUUCUUCAAGUAAAAGUGCAGCGUUGGAUGAGCUGCAUGGUAGAUGCCUCUCUAUAGCAGAAAAAAUGGUUCACCACUCUGCAGAUCCUACCUCAAUGGUUCUUCCUUUGAUGUCUAAUAGUGGUGAAGCUGAAGCGUUCAGCAAGGAGCAUCAUAUUUCUACCACAUUACUGCCAUGUAUUGAGCAGGGUGUAGCUUCAUGCAAUGAGAAAUUUGAAAAUGCAGUUGAGGAAAUCCACUUAGCAAAGAUGUGCUUGCAAAAUGCCCAGAUUUUUGACCAAGUUUCAUUUGACAAGUGGUCCUUUCCCUUGCCUGAGUUAAUCAAAGAAGAAAUUGUACCCAAGGUUUGUGACUUGAAGAACGAAAUGGACCAGCUCAGUGAAUUGAACAUUCAGUUAGAGACCGAAGUUCCAGUUCUAAGGGAUGGCUUGAAAAAGCUUGAUGAAGUUCUUGAAACUUCACGUGCUGAGCUUCAGGAAAGGUCUUCUGCACUUGAACAAUCAGAGCAGAAACUUUCUUCUUUCAAGGAAAAACUUGGUAUUGCUGUUGCCAAAGGCAAAGCCUUGAUAGUGCAACGUGACGGCCUUAAGCAGUCUCUUGCGGAGAAGUCUGGUGAACUUGAGAAGCUUUCACAGGAACUGGAAUCGAAGGAUGCAUUAGUGAAAGAGUUGGAAGCCAAGCUCAAAUCCUAUACAGAGGCAGAUCGAAUUGAAGCUUUGGAGUCAGAGCUCUCAUACAUACGAAAUUCAGCUACUGCUUUAAGAGAUUCAUUUAUUCUGAAAGACUCUGUUCUUCAGAGAAUUGAAGAAGUCUUAGAAGAUCUAGAUAUGCCAGAGCGUUUUCAUUCUAGAGACAUUGUUGAGAAAAUAGAACUGUUGUCGAAGAUGGCUGUUGGUGCUUCUUUUACCUUGCCUGAUGGUGACAAGCGAUCAUCUAUGGAUGGGCACUCUGAGUCUGGUGUGGCCAUGGAUAGCAUAAGUGAUGAACAAAUCUCAAUUUCAAAUCCAGGUUCAGAUGAAAUAAAGAACAAAUAUGACGAGUUGCAUAGGAGAUUCUAUGAACUGGCUGAGCACAACAACAUGUUGGAGCAGUCUCUAGUGGAGAGGAACAGUAUUGUACAGAAAUGGGAAGAAGUCCUUGAUCAGGUUAGCAUUCCCCCGCAGUUGAGAAUGUUGGAACCAGAAGAUAAGGUAACUUGGCUGGGAAACAGACUAUUGGAGGUCGAGCAUGAAAGAGACACGUUACAUUCGAAGAUUGAGCACCUUGAGGAUUCCUCUGAGAUGCUAAUUACUGAUCUAGAAGAAUCACACAAAAGGAUUUCUGAGCUCAGUGCAGAGGUUGUUGCUAUAAAGGCCGAAAAGGACUCCUUCUCAGAGAGCCUGGAUAAACUGAGAUUUGAGUUCCUUGGACUCUCUGAGAAAGCAGUUCAAGAUGAGUUUAUCAGAGAUAACUUGCGAAAAGAUCUAGAUGAACUACAGGAGAAGUUAGCUGAAAAGGCAAAGGAGAGCAAGAACUAUCAUGAUAUGGAAAUAGAGGUACACAAACUACUCGAUUUGGUGCGGAAUGUGCUGCAGGAUGGCAGUAAUGCUGAAAUUCCAUCAGGUGGUGGUGCUGUACUGUGCUUGAGUGAACUGUUGAGGAAGGUUUUAGACCAUUAUGAAACUCUUCUGACAGAAUCGACUCUAAGAAAUGCUGCCGAGAAGGAAAUUCAUUUAGAUGAAACCAAGCUGUCUAACGAUGCUUCUACAUCAGAGACUAGUAGAGAUGACAAAGAGAGUGCACUGAAUACUCUGAGUAAUGAGUUGGAGCAUGCUCGCAGGAGUCUGGCCUUAGUUGAGCAGCAGCGUGAUGAAGCAGCUGAGAAGGCACGAUCACUAAUACUGGAGGUGGAGAUGCUACAUGCUCAAAUAAACAAAUUGCAGGAAGAUGGUUCUGAGCAGACUCAAAAGUACCAGUCGCUUGUGCUUGAACUGGAAUUAGUGAGUAAGCAGAGGGAUAAUCUGCAAGAAAAGCUAAAUCAGAGUGAUGAGUUAGAGCAUGCUCGCAGUAGUUUGGCCUUAGCCGAGCAAGAACGCGAUGAAGCUGUGGAGAAGACACAAUCACUAUUACUGGAAGUGGAGAUGGCACAUGCUCAAAUAAACCGGCUGCAAGAAGGUGGUGCUGAGCAGACUCAAAAGUAUCAGUCGCUUGUGCUUGAACUAGAAUUAGCGGGUAAGCAGCGGGAUGAUCUGCAAGGGAGGCUAAAUCAGGAGGAGCAAAAGUGCACUUCACUGAGAGAGAAACUGAAUAUCGCUGUCAGAAAAGGGAAAGGCCUGGUGCAACAAAAAGAUAGCUUGAAGCAAACUAUAGAAGAGAUGAAUGCUGUGAUAGAAAAACUUAAAAAUGAAAGGGAACAACACAUAGAAUCACUUGAAUCUGAGAAAACACUAUUGACGGGCCGAUUAACUGAGAAUGAGAAGAACUUGUAUGAUACAACGGAAUACUUGAGUAGAUUGUUAAAUGCUUUGAGUACAGUGGACAUUGCUCGAGAAUUUGAUACAGAUCCAAUCACCAAGGUUGGAAAAAUUGGACAGGUUUACCUUGACCUACAGGCAACAGUGGUUUCAUCACAAAAUGAAGUGAAGAAAUUGAAACGAGCAACAGAGCUGCUUCUAGCUGAGUUGAAUGAAGCUCAUGAGAGGGCCGAUAACCUGCAGGAGGAAUUAGCCAAGGAAGAAGCCGCACUUUCUGAAUCCUCUAAACAGAACAAUAUUAUAGAGUCUGCAAGAGCGGAUGCUGUUCGCCACCUUGAACAUAUUACCUAUCUGCAGGCACAGGCAGCAAGGAAGCAAAUAGAUCAUUUGAAGGAGCUGAACUCUACCUGUGGUCAACUAAGAGAGGUCUGCUUUGACCUUUCACAUCGCCUUGCCAACACAUUCAGUAAAGAUGUGGACCUUAUCAGCUAUAUGGAGAGCUUCAUGAAAUCUUCUGGUAAAUGGAUGGAUGGCACAAAUAUGGUGGACAUACCUAUUACUUCUAAUGGGAUGUUGACCAGUAGCAUAAGCAGCAAGAAUACUCAUAUUCCACAUGCUCCACUGGAAUUCACAGUGAAUGAUACUGAUGGAACUCAGAUAUUACAUCAUCUUGCUAUUGCAUGCCAUGCUGUAUCUGAUUGUGUAAAGGAUUGCAAUGAUCUCAAAUGGAAUAUUGACGAGCAUGGCUUUUCAAUUGACCAGAAAGCAACAGAGUUAUCUGAAGUUAUGUUCAACUUGCAGAACAGAUUCACUUCUCAAAAUAACGAGUUGGAAUCAUUGAGAGAAAACAUUCUUGAACUGCAAUCAGAGAUCAAAGAGAAGGAAGAGGAGAGUUCAUCAUUGCGUAGAAAUGUGAGUCUGCUUUACGAAGCAUGUUCUACUUCAGUUUCUGAGAUUGAAGGAAUGACUGGUAUGGGUUCUGGUAAUGGGAGCUAUUCUGUUGGGCAAAACCAUUCAUUUUCAUAUGAUCAUAUAAAAUCAGUCGUCGAGCAGUUAGGUGCAGCCGUAAAGGCUACUCGGUAUAGCAAUGAAGGGAACACAAAGGAACUAAAGGCUACUGUUCUUGAGUUGCAGCAGCAGCUUCAGGGAAAAGAUGUGCAAAUUAGCACAAUCAGUUCGGAGCUUGCAUCUCAGAUAAGGGAAGCUGAAUCUUAUGCAAAACAGCUAUCUGUUGAGCUUGAAGAUGCAAGAAUGCAAGUACACAAUUUGGAGGAACAUGUUGAGAUGUUGCUUAAUGAGAAGAAAGCUUUAGAGACCCAAGCAAGUGAGCUUAAAGAUUUGGAGACAGUGGCAAGUGAGCAGCAUGGAAGAAUAAAGGAUUUGACUGAUGAACUGAGCAGAAAAGACCAAGAGAUCGAAGGUUUGAUGCAAGCACUUGACGAAGAAGAAAAGGAGCUGCAAGAAAAAGAAUUUUCUUUCAAGAGCCUUGAAGAUUCUAGGACAAAAGCUCUGACUAAACUUGCAACCACUGUAGACAAGUUUGACGAGUUGCAUAGCUUGUCUGAAAGUCUUCUUGUAGAAGUCGAACGCCUUCAGUCACAAUUGCAAGAGAGAGAUUCGGAGAUCUCAUUUCUGCGCCAAGAAGUCACAAGGAGUACUAAUGAACUACUAACCACUGAAGAUAGCAACAAGCAGUACUCAUCUCAGAUAAAUGAUUUUGUUAAGUGGUUAGAAACUGCGCUGAUGCAGUUUGGUGUGCAUUGUGAGAGCACAGAUGACCAUGAUUACACUCAGGUUCCAGUAUAUAUGGACAUGUUGGACAAAAAAAUAGUGUCGUUGAUAUCUGAAUCAGAUGAUUUGAGGGUUGCUGUGCAAAGCAAAGAUUCUUCACUACAGGUCGAGAGGACCAAAAUGGAAGAGUUGUCGCGUAAAUCAGAGGCUCUAGAAGCUUCUUUGAGCCAAAAGGAUUCUCAGAUAGGGAUGCUUCGUCGAGACAGGACGAUGGGCCAACCUAGAUCUAUAAACUUGCCUGGCACUUCGGAGAUUGAGCAAAUGAAUGACAAAGUAAGCCCAGCUGCAGUUGUCACUCAGAUUCGAGGGGCACGAAAAGUCAACAGCGACCAAGUUGCUAUUGAUGUAGAGAUGCACAAGGACAAACCAUUAGAUGAUGAAGAUGACGAUAAAGCGCAUGGUUUCAAGUCACUGACGAUGUCGCGCAUUGUUCCAAAGUUCACUCGACCUAUAUCAGACAGAAUCGAUGGGAUGUGGGCAUCUGGUGAUAGAUUGCUCAUGAGACAACCAACCUUGAGACUUGGUGUCUUGAUAUACUGGAUAGCAUUGCAUGCAUUGCUUGUGAGUUUUAUUUGAAGAUGUAGUGGUGGAUCUCCUUGGUGAGCUACUUACUGUACAGUGCCAUGUCUAUGACAAGCUAUGCAACACAAGCAAUCCAGUCAAAAUGAUGUCGAUUCUUUUUGAAGUUUGUUACUGAAUACCUGAACCGAACGGGCACCUGUGUAUCGUUUUUGUUGCCAAUCUUCCCCUUUCUUCCGCUGGAAUUGGUUCUGCCUCAGAUGGGUCCAACUCAAGGCACCUGCACCUACAGUACCGAUGGAAGAGAACCGGAGAAAGCAGCAGCAGCAGCAGCAGAGAUCCCCUGUACAUACUCUCAUUUUUUGUUUGCUCUAUUCUUUGCUUUUAGAAAGAUUGAGGGCAUCUUACAUGGUAGCAUCUACACUAUACACCACAGGUUUACAGAAGAAUGGUUGACAUGUACUAGUAGUUUUGGAAGCUAGGGUAUUGGGAUGGUAACAGCGUUUCCCCCUCUUAAAAGUUGACCCCCUGUACUAUUCUUAAAUGUUUACUGUAUACAUGCAUGUGCAAUUGCAACACAGUAAUUGGUUCAA